AUGGCAGACCAUUUCAAGUCUUUUCGACGUGUUCGUGAUCCUGACCAGGAUAAAGAUGAUGAGGAGCGAUUGGAACGAAUGUCGGGGUUGAACCUCAUGUCGAAGCGGCCUCAAAACUUGAAAACGAAGGACUCAAGACAUGUUUUACGAAAGGCAUCGACUGUACAUACCAUAUCGCUUGAACGUGCAUCGAAACACAACAUUGUCAGAAACAUAUCACAGUACUUUGAUGGUCUGGAUGAAGUAGAUGAGCCAAUAGCAGAAGAUCCAGUAGUAAUGGUGGAGGAACCUGUCGCUAAUACCAGUAGUCCACAGGAAUUAUCAUCAGGAGACAUUGACAUCACCAUCAGAUCACCAUCAGGUACCUCAUCCCCAUCAACACCAAGCACCACAAGCCUCUCUCGCGGUAGACGAACACUCAAAGAACGAGUCGCAGAACAGCAUAACCCGCCCUCAAAACUCGAAACAUCGCGACCACUCGAACGAGGAUUGACUGCCCGUUUAGGGAUGAAGUUCGAGGACAUCAAGACUCCCGAUGAAUUGAAAUCCUGGAGGAGGCAACUCCGUGCACUCCAGCCUUCCCUAUUCGAACACGACGUACCACCAACACCAGCGAGUACCCCACCAGUUCCUCGCCAUGACUCGUCUGCCGCUAGCACGAUGAUGGAUGCCCAGUGUCAUAAUAACAGGACUAUUAGGUGGAAGAAGGGGAAGCUUAUAGGUCGUGGAACGUUCGGGAGUGUGUUUUUGGGCUUGGAUCUUGAUACACUAGAGUUUAUGGCAGUCAAACAGAUUGGGAUUGUCGUGCCUCGCUCUUCUGAUACUGAAAAGGCUGAGAAUGUCCGUGUCAAGAUGCAAGAGACUUUGGAAAAGGAGGUGGCGCUGCUUCAAGGGCUAGAUCAUCCGAACAUUGUCAGAUAUCUAGGAUUCCAAGUCGAUGGAGCAUGGCUCAAUCUCUUUCUGGAAUACGUCGAUGGCGGCACGGUAGCUUCACUCAUCGAAUCACUGGGUGGACCGUUACCUGAAGACUUUAUCCGAUCUAUCGUGUAUCAAAUACUUCUGGGUCUUGAAUACAUCCACGCUCAUUAUAUAGUGCAUCGUGAUAUUAAAGGUGCAAAUAUACUCAUAACGGAGGAAGGCAUCGCCAAAAUAGCCGAUUUCGGCAUAUCGCGCAGAUCAGACAUACCAUACAAGCACAAUGCUCGAAUGACUAACAUGACUGGCAGUGUCUUUUGGAUGGCACCUGAAGUAGUCGAAGGCAAAGGCUACUCCGCCAAAGUAGACAUCUGGAGCCUCGCGUGUACCAUGAUUGAGAUGUACACGGGGCAACUUCCAUGGGGAAGUAAUCCAGACGAAGCACAAACGAUAUACAAUCUGGGUCACAAGGCCAUACCACAGCUACCAAGCAAUGCGUGUCCGGAAGCGCUGGAUUUGAUGAAACAGUGCCUGACUCUUGACGAGGAAUCACGACCUACUGCAACAGAGCUGCUCAAUCAUCCCUUCUUUGGAGUUGUUGAUGAUGCAGAAGAGAAACAUGAAAGUUGA